UCUUCGUCCAUCCACUCCGACCGACCUUCAAAGCGAUUGUGCGGCAGCGCGCACUCACCGUCGGUCUGAUCGCGUUCGUAUCCAUAUCUCGCCCUGUCGCCGUCUCCGUUUCUGUCCAUUGGCCCAGCGACUUCCUCGAGAAUUCGCGACGCAUGCUCCGAUGAAACCUUGAGCCGCGCAGACCAACACUUCCGACUCCUCCUAGUCACCUUCAUCGCCGCGCAACACCACGACCACCAUGGCGGAACAGACCGCCCAGUAUCUGGGCGUUAGUGCGCCGCUGUCCACCGAUUUGCCAAAGCCCCGCGACAAUGAGUUGAACGACAUGUUGAUGGCCGAGUUGAAGGCGCAGAACAAUUUCGAGUCGCAGGAAGGCUCGGAGAAGAGGAAAAAGGUCCUCGGUCUACUGCAACAGCUGGCUAUCGAGCUCGUGCAAGAGGCUGGCAAGAAGAAAGGCCUCAAUCCGGAGCUACUUAAGGAGGCUGGCGGCAAGGUCUCUGCUUAUGGCAGUUACCAGUUGGGCGUUUUCGGUCCUGGCUCAGAUAUCGACACGCUCAUGGUUGGGCCAAAGCACGUGUCGAGAGACGACUUUUUCGAACUCAUGCCAGGCAUGAUCCGCAAACGUGUUCCACCCGAGCAACUCACCGAGCUCGUGCCUGUACCUGGUAUCGCAGUGCCCAUCAUAAAGACCGAAAUCGACGGCAUCUCCAUCGAUCUGAUUUGGUGCACCCUGCACAAGGACAAAGUCCCUGUGGGCCUUUCCCUGGAUGAUACAGAACUGCUCCGAGGCCUGAGCGAGACCGAUCUCAAGUGCAUCAACGGAACCCGGGUCACAAACAAAAUCUUGUCUCUAGUGCCACAAACACGAGUCUUUCGCGUGGCCGUUCGUGCCAUCAAGAUAUGGGCACAGAAGCGUGGUCUCUACGGCAAUGUCUACGGUUACCCAGGUGGUGUCGCUUAUGCCAUGAUGGUGGCGCGAGUCUGUCAACUAUACCCCAAGGCAGCCGCUUCGUCGAUUGUCGCCAAGUUCUUCUGGGUCGUCAAGAGCUGGCAGUGGCCAUCGCCAAUAUACCUGCAGGCGCGUGAGAAAGGACCUUCGCUCAAUCAGCAGGAGUGGGACCCCAACAAGAACUUCCGUGACAAGCGACAUCUGAUGCCCGUGAUCACACCAGCAUACCCUGUCAUGAACGCCACUCACACUAUCACGCGGUCUACCAAGACUGUCAUUCUUCGCGAGCUCAACCGAGGUCACGAGAUCAUGACUGAAGUCUACGCGGGCAAGAAGCAGUGGCGCGACCUUUUCGUGAAGCAUGAGUUCUUCACCUCGGCAUACCAGCACUACAUCGUCGUCGUGACUGCAUCCAAGACCAAGGAAGAGCAGCAGGCGUGGUCUGGUCUGGUCACAUCGCGUCUUCGCUACAAACUGGUUGAAGGUAUCGAAGACAGCGCCGACAAAGUCAAGCUUGUGCAGCCUUUCAACAAGGGCAUCGAGCGACAUCACAAGUGUAAGGAUGAAGAAGAAGUUGAAAAAGUGCUAGGUGGCGGCCUCGAAGGCCUGGUUGACAAGACCACUACGACCGAAGAGACCGCAGACGUAAAGCAGCAGGCCGCCGCUGAGGGAGAUGCUGACGUCGUGAACGGGCUGGACUCAACCAGCGAGGAAGCCGAGAAGAAGGAAGACAGCAAACUGGAGCUUUGGACCACCACUUUCUAUCUCGGUAUUGAGCUCAACAAAGGCGAGAAGAACCUCGACAUUUCUUAUUCGGUUAAUGACUUCAAAACAAAUGUGACGUCCUGGCCUGGGUACAAUCCAGACGUGCAUUCGGUACAGAUCAAGUAUCAUCGAGACUAUCAGCUCCCACCGGACCUUUUCGAAGCGGGCGAGACCCGACCCGUCAAGAAGAAGAAGGCCAAGAAAGAGCCUCUCGAGAAGAAGCGGAGCUUUACAAAUGCAGGCUUGGACGUGAGUGACGAGAGUGCACGCUCUGCUAAGAGACUGGCUGGGCCUGUUACCAGCGUACGUGGAUGACGAGCUCACUGAGCUGAUUCUCGAUCUUAGGAGAACCACAAUCCUGCUAAGCGCCGUCAGUCUGCGUCUGUGAACGGAAGUGGUACACCAAUCGUCAAUGGAGCUGCUGGAUGAACAAUGGGUGGGAGCCUUUCUGCAUCUCGGCUGAGAUGCAGCAGCAUACAAUUGAUCUAACAUAACUAGCCAGUGCAGCAUUCUCGCCAGACGGGAAGCAGCUACGCAGAAGUUCACUUACUGCACCGAUCGGCGACGAGUCGCGACACCAGAUUCGCUCAAUACUUGAGCCGCUUGGACACACGCAAAGCGCAGCGACGAUUCAACGAAACAGAACGGCCUGGACGGCAUAGGAACACUCCGCGGCGAGGUAAAGUAUUCCUCUCCCAAGUCAUUGGCGAGAACUUGGACAGGAACAAGAAAAUGAUAAAAACGGACAGAGUAGGGGGCGAGCGAUCGAAUCAGACUGCGGACAGAUGACAACGACGCGACUAAUCAAGUUGAUGAAAACGAA